AUGGCUCAACGUGUAACACCUCUUUCACGUCAAACAUCGAUCGUUUUAUUAUGUGAUAUUCAAGAAAAAUUUCGUCCAGUAAUAAAAUAUUUUUCUCAAAUUGUCGAAACAUCAAAUAAAUUAUUACAAGCUUGUAAAAUUCUCGAUGUACCAUAUGUUGUUACUGAACAAUAUCCAAAAGGUCUUGGCCGAACAGUACCUGAAUUGGAUAUUGGUGAUACUAAACCAUUCGAAAAAACUCUCUUUUCAAUGUGUACACCAGAUGUUUUAUCAUACAUAAAAGAACAAGUUAAAGGUAUAGUCACUGAUAUGAAAGAAGUUCUUCGAUUGAUUAAUCGUUUUUGUGUCGAAACUACGUGCACUAUAAAGAUUCUAAUGUACUAUGAAUAA